AUGGUUGGCAAGCCGCCCCGCAGCAGCGGCGGCGUCAGCCUCCUGGACGAAGGCAGGGGGGAGCAGUCCGGGGACUGGCGGCAGUCCGCCGGGCGGCGGCGGUCGUCGGUGGGGUCUGCGGCACGGGGAGAGGGGCGCAGCGGCGGCCGCGGCAGUGAUGUGGACGGCGGAUUUGGGCUAACGGAUCACUGGGAUGCGUGGGGCUUUGCGGUGGGAAGCUGCGUGGGCGGCGCCCAGCCGGAGGGCUGGGGGGCCGCCGGCUGCAGCGGCGGCGGCGGCUGGGACGAGGCGGGCGCAGAGACGGGCGCGGCGGUUGCGGGCGCGGCGGCGGCGGCGGCGGUCCACGGCGUGCGCGGCCUGCGGUCGGCGUUGGGCGGCCGCCUGCGGCAAGGAAGCCGGGAGCGGCGCCGUCCUGGCUCGCCGCAGGGGGCGCUCGGCUGCGGCGGCGGCAAGGCGGGCGGCGGCGGUGGGGCGGAGGGGGAGGAGGUGGUUGAUGAUGACAAGAACGGCAACGGCUGCCACUGGGCCGACGCGUUUGCCGCGGCAGAGGACGCAGCAGCCCGCAGGGCGGGGCUGGGCAGCCGGCCGGGCUCCGCGGUGGCGCUCGCGUUUGCGAGGGAGAGGUGGGCAGACAAUAUGCUGAGGGGCGAGGAUCAGUCCCUGGCGGCCGGUCCGCACAUUGCGCGGCCACGGCCUGCGAGCGGGCAGCGGCAGCAGCCGCCGGCUCGGCUUGAGCAGCAGCAGCAGCAGCAGCAGCAGCAGCAGCAGCAGCAGCAGCAGCAGCAGCAGCAGCAGCAGCAGCAGCAGCAGCAGCAGCAGCAGCAGCGUCGGCAAAACGACACGCGCCCCACGGCACAUCAGCAGCAGCAGAAGCAGCAGCAGCAGCAGCAGCAGCAGCAGCAGCAGCAGCAGCAGCAGCAGCAGCAGCAGCAGCAGCAGAAGCAGCAGAAGCAGCAGCAGCAGCAGCAGCAGCAGCCGGGAGGUCGUGCUCGCAGCUGCAGCCCGCGUGCAUCUCCAGCAGCGCCCUGCGUCUACGAGCGGGCGGGCGCAGAGCGCGGCUGCACUGUGAGGGGCGGCCAAUGGAGCGGAACCUCCCGGGCGGCUGCUACCAGGGGCAUGCGCGCAAUGAGCGCCAGCCGCGUCAUUCCUCCGGCCGGCAGCGGCGCCAGAGGCGACGACGGCGGCGGUGAAUGCGGCUGCCGGGAGGGGCGCGCGCAGGACCUGUCUGUGCUAGGGCACGUGCCGCGCGUGCCGUGCGUGCACCUGCCGCCCAACAUGGCGGCGCUGUCGCGGAAGUGGGCACGCGCUGCGGCGCUGGCCGCGAUGCAGGCGCUGUAG